AUGAAGCUUAUCAUAGACUGCAGGUUUGAAUACGAAUACCAUGGUGGGCACAUCGUCGGUGCUAUCAACUACAGCGAUGAAAACAUGCUGAUCGCGCAACUUUUCGGUAGCCCUGUUAGGGGCCGAACACUCAUUAUCUUUCAUUGCGAAUAUUUAGUUUACCGUGCCCCUUUGAUGGCUCGCUAUGUGCGCGCUGCGGACCGCAUGGCCAACUGCGAGCAUUAUCCCCAGCUUGAUUAUCCCGAGAUUUACAUUCUCGAGGGCGGCUACAGCCUUUUUUUCAAAGAGCAUCGCAAUAGGUGCUACCCACAGACCUACGUCCAAAUGGGCACCCCCGAGCAUAAGCUCACAUGCGAGCGUGAACUAGGCCGUCUGCAACAGAAGCGCAAAGGUUCAAAGACUGCUGUUCUGGAUAUUGCAAAAUACGGCCCUUUGUGCAUAUCAAGAGCCAGCCAGUCCCCAGGGGCCGGUUCCGAGUUGGAGAGGAGCGCGAGACCACCACGAUCCAAUUUGCGUCAUUAA